UAUAAACUCCUACGUAUGAUGACAUAAAAACAGUUUUCGCCUAGCUUCGUGAGCUGAAGCAAGUACGGUCGAUUUAAAGCAAAUCACAAUUUAAAAAUGAUUGCAGAAUUUAUACUAACGUUAGGAAUCGUAUUGAUACCAUACGCUAUUUAUAAAUAUAAAACCGUCAACAAGCAGUAUUUUGCAGAGCGAAAUGUCGAAUGCAAGGAUCUAUCUUUUUCGCUGUACAAUAUAUACGCGAUGUUUGUUGGUAAGAAUGAUGUCAUCCAGUUUGUGCAGCGUCAUUACGAUCAAUUUCCUGAUGAACCACUAUAUGGCAUAUAUGGAAUUAUGGGGCGUCAAGUAUUCAUACGCGAUCCAGACCUGUGUAAGCAAAUAUUCGUCAAGGAUUUUGUUAACUUUGAAGAUCGGAAGGGCUUUAUAAAUGAAGAUGUGGAUGAGCUAUGGGGAAAGAGUUUACUUUCAUUGCACGGCGAAAAAUGGCGUCAAAUGCGAGCCACACUAAGUCCAGCGUUCACCGGGAGCAAAAUGCGACUAAUGUUUGAGCUCGUGUUGGAGUGUGCCGAUGGAAUAAUCAAACAUUUUUUGAAGCAAAUCGAAAAUGGCGAGAAAAUUAAUUUAGAAAUGAAGGAUUUCUUUUCGCGCUACACAAACGAUGUCAUCGCCUCGUGUGCAUUUGGAAUCAAAGUUAAUUCCAUUGCGGAACCAGACAACUCAUUCUACCGCAAUGGUAAGGUGUUAAUGGACUUUAGUGGCGUUAAGCGUAGCAUAAAAUUUUUCGUGACAAUGCUGUGCACAAAAUUUGCGCGACUUUUCAACAUCAAGUUCUUCGAUGAAGCGAUUUCGAAUGAGUUUAAAGCGAUGAUUUUAAAUACAAUGGACUUGCGUAAAAAGAACCACAUUUUUCGACCCGACAUGAUCAAUAUUUUGAUGCAAGUUCGUGAUGGGGUGCUGAAUGCAGAGGAAGCGCCCAAAGAAGUAUCCGAAGGUUUUGCCACUGUUGAAGAAUCGGAAGUGGGAAAAACGAGCGUGUCUCACAAAUGGAAUGACGAUGAACUAGUUGCACAGUGCUUAGUUUUCUUUCUUGCGGGUUUCGAGACGUCUUCUUCGGUUUUAUCUUUCGCUGCGUAUGAAAUUCUGGCCAACCCAGAUGUGCAACAAAAACUUUACGAAGAGAUUGCCGAAGUGAACGAGCAAUUGGGCGAAAAACGAGUUUCGUACGAUGUGCUUCAGAAAAUGAAAUAUUUGGAUCAAGUUGUUUCGGAAACAUUGAGAAAAUGGCCAGUUGCCGUGAUGAUAGAUCGAUUGUGUGUGAAAAAUUACGUCUACGAUGACGGAAAGCAGCUCAACUUUAAAAUAGAUAAAGGCGUUAGCGUUUUAUUCUCCCUGAUGAGCAUACAAAACGAUCCGAAAUACUUUCCCAAUCCAAGCAAGUUCGACCCCGAGAGAUUUUCUGAUGAAAACAAGCAUAAUAUUGUGCCGGGCACGUAUAAUCCGUUCGGGCUAGGACCACGGAAUUGCAUUGGCUCUCGUUUCGCUUUGAUGGAACUGAAAGCCAUUCUGUACUAUUUGCUGCUGAAUUUCUCUUUAGAACCGAAUAAGGACACGCAGAUUCCAUUAAAAUUGAGAAAAUCACCGUUUGUUAUUGCCGAAAAAGGUGUACAUCUGGAACUAAAACCUCGUGCCAAGUGAAUGAUAUCUAUUAUUCCACCAUAUUUUACUAGUGUGCGGAAAGCAUGAAAAAUCUAUUAAAGACAAAAAUCUAUUUAUCGCCUAAUUCUCAAGAUACUUUUAAAAUGAAUAACAACAGCAUACAUUGUAAUAUUCGGUGAGUGCCACUAAAAAAAAUAUCCACACUCAUCUAGUGCUUGAGACGCAUGGUCACUCAUUUAGUGAAUGAGACGCAUGCGGAUGGUAUGAAGCAAAGCGAAAGGGAAGCGCGCAACUAGAACAUAGAGUCAAUGGGUACUACGUGUUUGUGUUUGUGUUUGUGUCCGUAUUCUAAGGACGGAGUGACGAAAUGUAUGCGCGCUAUAUCGUUCGUUCGUAUGGAGUUGCGCGCUUCCCUUUCGCUUUGCUUCAUCCCAUCCGCAUGCGUCGCACUCACUAAAUGAGUGACCAUACGUCUCAUGCACUAGAUGAGUGUGGUUAUUUUUUUAGUGGCACUCACCGAAUAUUACAAUGUAUGGAAUCAAGUUAGAAGCAUUCAUAUGUGUGUUGAAAUAGAUAUGAUUCAACCACUUUACAAUCAAUUUAAAGUCAUUAAUUAUAUCAAUGAAAAAAUUGUCUUGUCAUG